UUCUCCAUUCCUAUUGUAUGGAAGUCUUCCCAUGUGGUCAACCCUAAUGGCCGGUAAUUUAGUGAUGGAAACAGUUCUUUCUACAACAUAGAGACUUGGCUCAUAUAUGUACAACCAUAUAUGAUAAUAUAGACUUGAAAGUAAAAGCAAUCCACCGGUAUAGACUAGUUUGAAGUUGAUAAUCUCUCUCAAAUGUCUGAGAAACGGGACAGUGCAAGUUUCCCAGAUAAAGAGACGAAGAAGAAGAUGAAGCUUGAUAUUUCUUCAUCGAGCGGGUCGGCCUCUGAUGUUAACAAGAAGGAGAUGCCUCUGAUAAUCCAGGAUGAUACCGAUUCUUCAUCCCAAACCAAGAAGACGGGCAGUUCAUCUUCCCCGCCAACAGCAUCAGCAAGUUGCAGCGGCAAAGACCAGCAGCCUUCCGGAUCGGGUCAGAGAACCCUCCUCUACAAGAAGAGCUUAACCCAUGACGAUGUCUCCUACUGCAGGCUCGUGAUUCCACUAGAAUCUUGUAAGGAAUUUCUCGCUGAACCAGAGAAAGUUGACGGAAAAUACGAGACCAUAAUAAUGAUAAUUAUGGACCAUGAGGGAACAAUGUGGGAGAUGGAGGCUUCGUUCGACGAGCUGAGCAGCUCCUACAUGCUUUGGUUGAACUGGGACAAAUAUUUGAAGAAACACGAAUUGGAGGCCGGGGAUGUGAUUUUCUUAUAUCAGGAUCCCAGUAUUCCCACUUUUAACCACUACUUGAUUGAAUAUGAAAAAGGGGCCGAGACAGCAAUCCCAAGAAGACAAGUACUUGAGGCCAUAUAGGUGAUAUUGUUAAUUUCUUCUUCAAAGGAGACUCAACUUCAAUUAGCUCUUUAAAUGUAGAGUCUCACUUUCCAUAUGUAUCAUCUAGAUUCAUAAAGCAUGCAAGAUCAGAUUUGCAGUUCCAAAAGCCCAUACCAAAAUCUGAUCAAAUCUGUAUUUUUCUUGAUUCUUAAGGUUGUAGAAAGAGGCUUAAAUCCAGAGCUAUUACCUAAUUAAUGGGUUUGUAACUGAUCACUCCGAGAGUGGUUAUAUAUAUGGUAAAAUGGCAUGUGUGGAUUAAAUCCUAACAGCUUCUAACUAGUUAAUUACA